AUGGUUAUCGAUCUUACGCUUGACUCGGACUCUGAAGAGAGGAAUGAGAAUCAUGUGCCAUCGUCAGCACUACCUCUUCAGAACAACAUUCCCAAGUCCCCUUCUACUCUCACCCACCGCCCUGCAUCCUCAGUUCCCUCGAAACGAAAAUCUGAAGAUGUAGAUGAACUACUGGCAUCCUUCCUGCCCCGCGGGCCGCAGUCACAACCACGGUGUUUUUCCCAACCACAACCGACUAAUCGGGCCAAUCAGCACGCCAUCUCUAUCGAGAUCGAGGAUGACGAUGAAGAUGAGGACGUCAAACCUGUCCAAAGUCACCGCCGAGUGCCAGCCGCUCGAUCCUCUUCCUUUAACCCUAACACCGUUUCCCCUGCUGGCAAGGAAAACAGACCCCUGCAGAUCAAGUCUAAUGCAACAUCUACUCGUUCAUCUUCGCCCAUCACCCUCGCAGCCACCAAACAAGAACCCCACCAUAGCCAAGACGGGGAUGAAGACAGAAAGCAGAGUUCCCUCUUAAGCACCCGCCGGACCCUCUCCUUCCAAACCCCUAGUCCCGGCCCCAUCUCUCUCAGCGUAGUAAUCCCUACGCCUUCUCGGCGCCAGCAACAGGAAAUCGACUCAGCCGACGUGAUCUCGGUCCCAUCUCCUAUCGGCCUCUCCGAGGACUUUUACCCAACUGACGCGUACGAGAAACGCGCCUUGAAGGGUGCAUACCCCGUGGCCCGGAAAGUGGAUCGAGCAGCCAUUCCAUUCACUAUCGGCGCCCCUGGCCCACUGCUCACAUCUAAACCGGAUAUCAACGCCCAGCUGCACCAAACCCUGCAGCAGAAACUCGCGAAGAUCCGAGGCCCUAAAGUAACCUUUGCAUCCGGGGACCAGCACCAGCUAGCGCAGUUCGCAGCCAACUUUGAGUUUGUGAAUACGUAUAAGCUACGACAAGGGGUCACACCUGUCCCAGAGGAGUUCCUUGCGGGAUGCAGCUGUGACGGAUUCUGCGAUCCAGCAAGAUGUCUCUGUCUCAGCAAGGAAGAGGAGACGAAUGACCCAAUGGUGCCGUACAAGCGGGCUGACGAUGAUGGGCGAUUGUUGGUUCUCACGCCGGAGUUCCUGAAACGAAAAGUCAUGAUCUACGAAUGUAGUUCGAGAUGUGGAUGUGAUGAACGCUGCUGGAAUCGAGUAGUGCAGAAUGGCCGGACAGUCCGACUGGAGAUUUUCUGGACCGGCAACCGAGGGUUCGGCCUCCGCUCCCCCGACCCCAUCCGCGCAGGCCAAUUCAUCGACUGCUACCUAGGGGAAGUAAUCACCAAAGAAGUAGCCGACAUCCGCGAAGACGCGACAUCUCAAAAAGGCCCCUCAUAUCUAUUCAGUCUCGACUUCCUCGCCACCGGCGAAGACAGCAAAUACGUAAUCGACGGACACAGAUUCGGCAACCCAACACGUUUCAUAAAUCACUCGUGCAACCCGAAUUGUCGUCUAAUUCCCGUGACCCGCAACCACGCCGACGAUUACCUAUACGAUUUGGCUUUCUUUGCGCUUAGAGAUGUACCACCCAUGACGGAAUUGACGUUUGACUAUAAUCCCGGCUGGGAGAAGGUUAGGAAGGUUGAUCCGAAUGCUGUGCCUUGUCUUUGUGGGGAGAGUAAUUGUCGUGGUCAGCUUUGGCCGAAUCAGAGGAAGGCGAAGAGGGGGUGA